AGUCAACGAAGUAUAAAACCUCCUGUCUCUCCAGAAUUCGGCAUAAACUCUACGAACGAGCUCGAUACAACAGUUUUUACUAAGAGUAAAAAUACGAACGAAUUUCGCAUUCAAUGAGAAACUAAACGUGCAAAAUGAGGAUUGUAUACUUAUUAUGUUUGUUAUGCCUGUGCAUGGUGAGUGCGAAAUACUUACCAAACGAAUCGAGUGGCUCCAGGGCCCUCUUGUCAAGACACGCGCGUUCUGCGUCCGACGAGUCGCAUGAGAACAAGUCGGUUGAAGAACACGACGAAGAUGAAGACAACUCAGCAGAAGAAAGCCGCAGGAAGGAACAAGAACGGCGGUUAGAAAAGAUCGAGAAAGAACGCAAGAAGCUUCUGGAGAAGCAGGAGAAAGAACAGAGGAAACAAGAAGAGAAACAGCGAAAACAAGCUGAAAAACAAGCUGAGAGACAGCGCAAGCAGGAGGAGAAAGAAAGGAAACAACAAGAGAAGCAAGAAAAGGAGGAGCGCAAACGCGAAGAGAAGAUCCGCAAAUUGCUAGAGAAAUUGGAAGAGGAGACCAGGGAACGUGAAGAGAAAGUUGCUGAACAAAACCAAAAGGCUUCGGAAGAGUCAGUGGAGGUCCAAGAUUUAUGGAAGAACCACAUUUACCAGAAAUACGGUUUGACCCCUACCAGCACAAAGGCCGAGAAGAAGGCAGUCCUCAACGACUACCUUGGGUUGACUAUCAACAGCACCAAAUUGGACAGACGCGAAGCCGUGUUGAAUCUCAUCAAGACCAUGCAAGAAAACGCGACAGCCCAGGAGGAAUUAAAGAACGUAUUGGUACCUCGUCUCAACGAGAUCGCAGUCCAGCAGCUCCGCACUGAACUGGAACAGAAAAUUGAGAAACUGGAUAACAAGUCUGCACUAUUGAGCAAUGCCCCUCAGCCAUGGGGCCCCGUGGCCGUGCAGCAGAUUGAGCAGAGACGAGGCUUCCUCCAGGCCGUGUCGCAGCUGUUGUCUACCGUGUUCCCGUUCUGGAAUUCUCAGCCGGCCGCGAACUCCACCGUUGUUGAUGGUUCAAGUGGACCAUCUGUAGCGUCUCCUAGCUCUGACACUACUAGCGCCUCUGCUGGUGCCCCCGCUGAUGGCUCAACUGCCUCAGGCGCGUCCGCUGGUACACCUGCCUCUUCUAACACUGGUGCCUCCAACGCCGCCGGGGCUCCCACGGACGCCGCUGCUCCUGCUGCUGGCAGCGCCCCUAUUGACUUCUUAUCAGCCCCAGCUGCCGGGUCUGCUCCUACUGCAGGAGCUCCCACUAGUGCCGGAGCUGCCUCUAGUGCCUCAUCAGCACCUGCCUCCGGAGCCCCCACUAACGGAGCUGCCCCAGCCACCGGAGCCUCAGACUCUGCGGCUCCUGCUGCCACUGACGCAUCUGCCCCGGUUGCUGCUGGAGCCAAUGACGCAUCCGCCCCGGUCGCAGCUGGAGCCACUGACGCAUCUGCCCCGGUCUCUACCGGAGCCACUGGUGCUGCUGCCCCUGUCACCGCUGGAGCCACCGACGCCGCUGCUCCUGCUGCUGCUGGAGCUACUGACGCAUCUGCCCCAGUCGCUGGUGCAGCCACUGACGCUGCUGCCCCCGCUGCUGCUGGUGCCACUGACGCCGCUGCCCCGGUCUCUACCGGAGCCACUGGCGCUGCUGCCCCUGCCACCGCUGGAGCCACUGACGUAUCUGCCCCGGUCACUACCGGAGCCACUGACGCCGCUGUCCCGGUCGCUGCCGGAGCCACUGACGCAUCUGCCCCGGCUGCUGCCGGUACCACUAACGCAGCUGCCCCUGCAGCUGCUGGAGCUACUGACGCAUCCGCCCCGGUCGCUGCCGGUGCAACUAACACCGCUGCCCCUGCUGCUGCUGGAGCCACUGACGCCGCAGCCCCCGCCACCGCUGGAGCUACUGACGCAUCUGCCCCAGUCGCUCCUGGUGCCACUGAUGCAUCUGCCCCAGUCGCUGCCGGAGCCACUGACGCUGCUGCCCCGGCCACCUCUGUAGCCACUGACGCAUCUGCCCCGGUCACUACCGGAGCUACUGGUGCCGCUGCCCCUGCUGCUGCUGGAGCCACUGACGCAUCUGCCCCAGUCGCUGCCGGAGCCACUGACGCUGCUGCCCCGGCCACCUCUGUAGCCACUGACGCAUCUGCCCCGGUCACUACCGGAGCUACUGGUGCCGCUGCCCCUGCUGCUGCUGGAGCCACUGACGCAUCUGCCCCAGUCGCUGCCGGAGCCACAGACGCUGCUGCCCCGGCCACCUCUGUAGCCACUGACGCAUCUGCCCCGGCUGCUGCUGGAUCCACUGACACCGCUGCUCCUGCUGCUGCUGGAGCCACUGACGCAUCUGCCCCAGUCGCUGCUGGAGCCACAGACGCCGCUGCCCCGGUCGCUGCUCCCAUUGACGCCGCUGCCCCCGCCACCACUGGAGCCACUGACGCGUCUGCCCCAGUAGCUGCUGGAGCCACUGGCGCCGCCACCCCUGCUGCUGCCGGAGCCACUGACGCUGCUGCCCCUGCCACCUCUGUAGCCACUGACGCAUCUGCCCCGGUCGCUGCUGGAGCCACUGGCGCUGCUGCCCCUGCCACCGGAGUCUCAGACACUGCGGCUCCUGCUGCUGCUGGAGAAACAGACGCAUCUGCCCCUGCCACCGCUGGAGCCACUGACGCUGUUGCCCCUGCCACCGCUGGAGCCACUGACGCCACCGCGCCUGCUUCUACUGUAGCCACCAACACCUCUACUCCAGUAUCUGCUGGAGCCACUGGCACUCCCGCUGCCUCCGCAGCCCCUACUGACGCCGCUGCCCCUGCUGCUGCUGGAGCCACUGACGCUGCUGCCCCUGCCACCUCUGUAGCUACUGACGCAUCUGCCCCGGUCGCUCCCGGUGCAACUGACGCCGCUGCCCCCGUCGCUGCUCCUACUGACGCAGUUGCCUCACCCGCGGCUGUUGCUCCCACUGACGCCGCUGCCGCUCCCAGUGCCGCCGCAGCCUCUACUGACGCUGCUGCCCCGGUCGCUGCUCCCACUGAUGCCGCUGCCUCACCCGCGGCUGCUGCCCCUACUGACGCCGCUGCUUCACCCGCGGCCGGUGCUCCCGCUGACGCCGCUGCCGCUCCCACUGACGCCGCUGCCUCACCCGCCGCUGCCGCUCCCACUGACGCCGCUGCUUCACCCGCGGCCGCUGCUCCCACUGACGCCGCUGCCACCCCCACUGACGUAGCUGCCUCACCCGCGGCUGUCGCUCCCACUGAUGCCGCUGCCGCCCCCACUGACGUAGCUGCCUCUCCGGCUAACGCCGCUGCCUCGCCUGCGGCUGUCGCUCCCACUGACGCCGCUGCCACUCCCACUGACGCCGCCUCCAUACCCGCGGCUGCCACUCCCACUGACGCCGCUGCCGCUCCUGCUGCUGGUGCCCCAACUGACGCAGCCACCCCCGCCGUAGAUGCCCCCACUGACGCCGCUGCAGCUCCCGCUGACGCCGCUGCCACUCCCACUGACGUAGCUGCCUCACCUGCGGCUGUCGCUCCCACUGACGCCGCUCCCGCUGACGCCGCUGCGUCACCCUCGGCUGCUGCUCCCACUGACGUAGCUGCUUCACCUGCUGCUGGUGCCCCAACUGACGCUGCCACUCCCACUGACGCCGCUGCCUCACCCGCCGCUGCCGGUCCCACUGACGCCGCUGUCGCUCCCGCUGACGUCGCUGCAGCUCCCGCUGAUGCCGCUGCCGCUCCCACUGACGCCGCUGCCACUCCCACUGACGCUGCCGCUCCCACUGACGCUGCCGCAGCUCCUGCUGCUGGUGCCCCAACUGACGCUGCCGCCCCCACUGACGCCGCUGCUGCUCCCGCUGACGCCGCUGCCGCUCCAACUGACGCCGCUGCCGCUCCUACUGACGCCGCUGCCGCUCCUACUGACGCCGCUGCCGCUCCCACUGACGCCGCUACCUCUCCUGCUGCUGGUGCCCCAACUGACGCUGCCGCCCCCGUAGGCGCUCCCACUGACGCCGCUGCAGCUCCCGUUGCAAGCGCUCCCGCUGACGCAUCAACUGUCAACGCUGCCGCACCAGCGGCCCCCGAAGCUGUGGCUGGAAACCCCGCGGGCAGUCCUACUAGCAGCCCUAUUGUAGCCGGAACCGAACCGGAAGGUUCAGGAAGUGGACCAACUGACAAUGUUCCGACCACGACUGAAGCCGCCACAGAGGCAGUCACUGAGGCCGUCACUGAGGCAGCCACCGAGGCAGCCACUGAAGCUGUGACUGACGCUCCCGCAGGUGUCACUAACGCCCAAGAGACCACCACUCAGUCUCCCGCAGUAGACACCACUACCAAUGUACCAGUUGAUGGAAACACUGUUGGAAACACUCCAGUGACAGACGAGCCUACGACUCUUUCGCCCACAACCGUCUCAGUUGACUCUAUUGUGAUCCCUCAAGAGCCUGGCGCAGACGCCGUCGCCUAUGAUGUCGUUUAUUAGUUAACCCACUAAAUUAUUGAAAGUAUUGUAUGUAUAUUGUAUAGUAUAUUAAAUUGCUUAAAUGUUAAAUAGGAAAUUGGAAUAAAGAUUGGAGCAUUAUGAA